AUGGCGGCGAGCGAGGCCCCUAUCAUUCCAGACAAGAUUGGCUCACUGCUGUUCUGCACAGCAUGUGGGUCACUUCUUGAUCUUCCAAGCAAUGAUGAUGUCAUUACGUGUGCCCCAUGCGGUACUGUCCAGGAUGCUCGUACAGUCUAUGACAAUUUGUCGAUCGUUACGCGCUCACACCCAUCUGCCUUCCCUUCUGUCCUGCGACAGAAACGACAGCUUGUAAGCCAUGUGAGUCGCACGGAUGAGAAUACCAUGGAGCAGGCCACCAUCAAGGAAAAAUGCCCGGGCUGUGGGAACGAAGAGAUGAACUUCCAUACACUGCAGCUGCGCAGUGCUGAUGAAGGUACUACUGUCUUCUACGACUGCCCCAAGUGUGGCUACAAGUUCAGUCAGAACAACUAG